GUGUUCAACAGAAAAGAGAAGGAAAAAAGAAGAGGAAAAGACGAAGCAGAGAAGAGCAGCGGAGACUGUAUUAAGCUGGCCGGAAACAAUUGACGAAAAGCACCAAUGGCGGACGACUCAGAGAUGGCGUACAACCUCCAACUCGAAGAAGCCAUCGCCGCUUCCCUCCUCGACGGCGCCGCCGCACCUCCUCCAGCCACUGCCGCCUACGACGCCCUCAUUGGAUGGGAACAGGACGCCUUCGACGACGAGGUGGAGGCCGAGCGUCUCCGCCUCGACCUCCUCCGGCAGGUCCACGACCGCGCCCUGGCCUGCGAGAUCAUGAGCGUACCGGACGAGGAGUGGCUCCAAACCGGCAACAAUUUGCACAGGCCGUUCGGAGAGGGCUCCUCCUCGUCGUCGUCUUCGAAUGGGCAAAACUUCCAAUUCAAGGUUUAUGUCAAGGGUUUGGUGGAGCGGGGGGCGGGCGGAAUCGGCGUGGCUAUUUGCGACGGGAAUGAUGGUUUGCUGUUCGAGUUGAGUAAGGGUUUGAGCGGCAAAGAUCAGGAUACGAAAUUGGUUGAUUUCAAAGCGCUGAUUGAAGGCCUUGAUGCUGCUGUGAUGCUUGAUUUGAAGAGGAUUACUGUUGUUACCGAUAAUCCUCUGCUCUAUCAACAUAUUACUGGAGAAAACACUCAAAUGAUAAAAACUGCUGUCGCAUUAUCUAACCAGAUACAACUCCUCCUAAGAAAAUUUACAAAGUGUCAACCAUCACUUGUUGCCUCUAAUGUCAAUAAGUCUGUCAAACUUGCUAGGAACGCAAUUGCAUUUCAGGUUAAUCGUUCAGCAGGUAGUAGCAACGGCAAGAAUCUGACUGAGCAAUGUACUAUUUGUUUGGAGGAUACUUAUGUGGAUCGAAUGUUCUUAAUUUCAAGUUGUCGACAUAGCUACUGCUUUUUAUGCUUGUCGAAACAUGUUCAGUUUAAGUUGCUUCAAGGGAGGCUGCCUAAAUGCCCUCACGAGAAAUGCGAGACCGAGCUGAAACUUGAAAGCUGCAAAGAGUUUUUAACUCCGGAAUUACUUGAAAUAAUGAGCCAACGAGUGAAGGAAGCAUCCAUUCCAGCAGAUGAUAAAAUUUAUUGCCCUUAUCCGAGGUGUUCUAAUUUGUUAUCAAAAAAAGAGCUUCGAGGAUCCACUUACGAUGGAUUACUCAAAUGCAGAAAGUGCCCCAAAUGCAGUGGCAAUUUUUGCAUUGAUUGCCAAGUUCCCUGGCAUAAAGACAUGCAAUGCUCUGAGUUUAAAAGGCGAAACCCCAACCCAUGUAAUGAAGACAAGGUACUAGAGUCUUUGGCUUCUCGGAACCUCUGGCGUCAGUGUCCAAAAUGCAGCCAUAUGGUUUCACUUGCUUCCGGAUGCUACCACAUUUAUUGCAGAUGUGGACAUGAGUUCUGCUAUACUUGUGGAGCUGAAUGGAAAAACAAGAAGGCCACCUGCAAGUGUCCGAUCUGGGACGAGCGCAAUCUCAUAUACGAGCAAAAUAGACAGCAAGAUCACUGGAAAAUCCCGGGAGAUCAGAGAAACUUUUGCUGUGCUAUCUAACCAGAUAGAUCUUCUUAUGCGGAAAUUAGGCAAUCCUGGUGCAUCUUUUGUAACUUGCCAUGAUAAUGCAUUCGCUGUUGAACUUGCUAGGAAGGCAAUUGCAUUUGAGGUCAAUCGAUCAGCAGGAAGCAGUGGCACAAAGAAUCU